AUGCCAAUGAAUAAUAUGAGAUCAUUAACAAAAAACUUGAAGAAGAUCUCUCAAAAUCGAGGCAUUCACGGAGUCUCGUAUGUCCCUCAAAAAUUACAAGGUAUUUCGUUCGCUGGUAGAGAAACAGCUAGUCCCACUGGGUCCUUGUCCGUUGUGGUCCGUGCUGGUAGCCGUUAUCAACCUGAUGCUGGUGUCGCUCACUUGUUGGAAAAGUUUGCCUUUAAAAACACUGAAGAUCGCUCUGCAUUGCGCAUUACUCGUGAAUCAGAACUUUUGGGAGGUCAGCUUUCCACCCAAUUGACUCCUGAGCACAUUAUUUUGACUGCACGCUUUUUAAACGAAUAUAUGGAGUAUUACGCUCGUUUACUCGCCGAAGUUGUUGAUGCUUCUCAAUAUCUUGGCUUCCAGUAUAAAGAAGAAGUUUUGCCCGCCGCUAAGUUGGAAAGCUCUUUAUGGAAGGGCAACCCCAUGAACGUUGCCAUGGCCAAACUUCACGAAAAGGCUUUCCAUCGCGGUCUCGGUGACUUGCCUUAUCUACCACUGGGAGCUAAUGCUUCUAUUUCCCAAAUUACUGAUUAUGCUAAGGCUGCCUACGUAAAGUCUAACUUUUCGGUUGUUUCUUCCGGUCCUGAUGUCCAAAAGGCUGCUGAUACAGUUGCAAAGUAUUUCUCAGUAGUUCGUGACGGGAACCCUCUUCCUACUGCUCCUACUAAGGUUGCAUCUGGAGAAUCUCGCAUCUACUCUAGCAAGCCAAUGAACCACUUCUUACUUGGUUUCCCCACCAAUACUGCUCCUUCGGCUGAGCUUUACGUUUUGUCCUCUAUCCUCGGUGGACGCCCCUCUGUCAAGUGGUCUCACGGAAACUCUUUACUUGCUAAAGCUUCUGAGAAGGCCUCUGAAUUCAAGGCCACUGCUGCCGCCAACUUGCAUCCUUACACUGACGCUAGCCUUUUGUCCAUUGUAGUUUCUGGUACUUGCCCUAAGUCUAUCAAGGCUACUGCUUCCGAAUCCGUUCAAGCCCUUAAGUCCUUGACCUCUUCUAUUCCUGUAGAAACCAUUAAGGCUGCCGUUGCGGAUGCCAAGACCAAGUACCUUAGCUCUUACGAACCUAGUGUUUUGAACCCCGUUUCUACCACUUCUCUCUUUGCUACAAAUUAUCAACCUGAGCCUUUCAUUUCUGCUUUAGAUGCUGUCACACCUGAGUCCGUCGCCAAGACUGCUUCCACUUUAUUAUCUCGUCCUGCUAGCACCGUUGCAGUUGGCAAACUUAAUCACUUGCCUUACUAUGAUGAGCUUUAA